CUCUUCAGUGAGUGGAGAGGUGUGCUGCCGGCCAGGAAUGCCUCUGUCCCUUGGGAGCACAAAGGCAGGCCCCUGUAAUUCUACCGCCGCAGUUCCAGCCCAGCGCACAGCCCUCUGAGAGUUUGUGCGGACAGGCAGAUGGCAGCCUCGCCAGCCGUGAGCUCCUUUGUGGUGUGGGACUAUGUGGUGUUUGCGCUGAUGCUGCUGGUCUCCGCUUCCAUCGGGUUGUACUACGCCUUGGCGGGUGAGGGUCAGCGUAGUUCCAGGGACUUCCUGACGGGUGGCCGGAGCAUGUCGGCCGUGCCGGUAGCCAUGUCCCUGACUGCUGGCUUCAUGUCUGCCAUCACCGUCCUAGCCACACCCUCCGAGGUAUACAGGUAUGGGGCUAUCUAUGGCUUAUACGGCAUCUCCUAUAUCCUUGUGGUGGUGGUAAGCGCCGAGAUCUUCCUGCCAGUCUUCUACAGGCUGGGAAUCACCAGUACCUAUGAGUAUUUGGAGCUGAGAUUUAACAGGGCAACCCGUCUGUGUGGGACUGUGAUGUUUAUCGUACAGACAGUUCUCUAUACUGGAGUGGCCAUCUAUGCUCCAGCUCUAGCAUUAAACCAAGUCACUGGCUUUCACCUGUGGGGGGCUGUGAUCUCAACAGGAGUGGUCUGCAUCUUCUAUUGUACCAUGGGAGGUCUUAAGGCUGUGGUCUGGACAGAUGUUUUCCAGGUGGGCAUCAUGGUGGCUGGAUUUCUUGCAGUCAUCAUCCGCUCUGUAGUCCUGCAGGGUGGUUUCUCUGUCAUCAUCAAUGACUCUGCUCGUGGAGGAAGGCUCAACUUUUGGGACUUUGAUCCAAGUCCCUUGAGGAGACACACCUUCUGGACCAUAACUUUUGGGGGAGCUUUUGUCUGGAUUGGGAUCUAUGGAGUCAACCAAGUCCAGGUUCAGAGAUAUAUAUCAUGCAAGUCCCUUACGCAUGCUAAAAUGUCUCUCUAUGUGAACAUGGUGGGACUGUGGGUCAUACUCCUGUGUUCAGUCUUCUGCGGGUUGUGCCUGUACUCUAUCUACCAGCACUGUGACCCCUGGACGGCAGGCAUGGUAUCUGCUCCAGAUCAGCUAAUGCCCUACCUGGUACUGGAUAUCCUGAGGGCCUACCCAGGACUCCCAGGACUUUUUGUGGCUGCGGCAUACAGUGGAACCCUGAGCACAGUCUCCUCCAGUAUAAAUGGACUGGCUGCUGUAACAGUGGAAGACCUAGUCAAACCAUAUUUCAGUAUGUCUGAGAAGAAGCUGUCCUGGAUAUCCAAGGGUCUGAGCCUGGUGUAUGGGGCUUUGUGCAUUGGGAUGGCAGGUGUGGCAUCUAUGAUGGGGGGGCUUAUACAGGCAGCUGUCAGUAUCUUUGGUGUCAUUGGAGGGCCACUUCUGGGUCUCUUCACUUUAGGCAUACUCUUCCCUUCCACCAAUUCUACAGGUGGUUUGGCUGGUCUGCUCAGUGGGCUGGUCCUGUCUCUGUGGGUAGGGAUUGGGGCGCAGGUGUACCCCCCUCGGCCAGAGAGCAGCCGGCCUCUGAACCUAACCACAGCUGGCUGUAACUUCAAUCUGACUGGAGAUGGCAUGAACCUGACCAUGGGACUAACACCACUGCCUCCUAUCACCACGAUUUUACAAGACGACAUUAUUAACAACACAGUGUACAGACCGUUCCUGGCUGAUCGCUGGUACUCUCUGUCCUACCUGUACUUCAGCCCCAUUGGGACCCUGACUGUGCUGGCAGUAGGACUGAUGGUUAGUCAACUCACAGGUGGAAAAAAGAUGGAUUUGGACCCUGGAUUGAUGUUGAUGAGGGAAGACCUAACUUGCUAUCAUAUUUACAACCUCUUUAAAGAGAAGCUAAUGAAACGUGGAAGCAAGCUGCACCUGGAUAAGAAAAAUGACGAGAGAGACUUUGGAACACAAAAUUAUGCCUUUAGCAAUAUUGAGCUGGACUUCACAGAACACACUGAACCAAGACCCAGUGCCCCUGCCUCUGCAGCAAAUUUAAAACACCCUUAAACAGAGCUCUUUGGGGCCUUUCACACCCCAAAACAGUGUUUUUUUGCAAUAGAAUUGGAAUACUUUGCCAUUUCCGUAUGUAUCUAUUAUGGGCUAGUAGUAACUCAAAAAAUGUGAUGGUUCAAAAGGUGACUCUCACUUUUUCCUUUUAAAGUAUACUAGUACAUUAAAGUACACUAUUUUUAUUCAAACAUAGGAGCUUGAAAAUUAAUCUUAAAGUCACCAAUAAAACUGUAUACCUCUCAAAACCUGUUGUUGAAAUGGGCACGGAGGUGUGUGCAGGUGAGAGUACUAUGCAGAUAAGAGGGUUGUGCAUGUGUGUACGACAGAUAAAGCAUGGUGUGGGUAUUUUAUCAGAAUGUGAAAUACAUGAUUAUUUUACAUGCAUUAGUUUAAAUGUAACUGAAAGUCACCUGUAGAGCUCCCUUUACUAAUCUUUAUGGGCUUUAAGUGGAAUGAACCUAAAAAACAGAUCUGAGUCAUAUGCUGCAUGUGAUACUGCUGCUAAGGGGAAGACUGAGAGAUUUGGAAUAGGGGCUUCAUUUGUACAAAUCAUAUGGAGACGUAUGUUGUUGUAUAUGUUUCCCAGGUACUUCUUAAAAGUCCUGGGCUACUGUAUUGCAUUUUGUGUCUCAAAUGUGCUAGUCAUCUUUUUGCAAUCUUUGUAUCUAUCCAUUUUCCAUCAGCUCACCUUGAUUGCCUGCUAAGGGGUCAGGGAAUCUUUUUUUUUCUCCACAUUGUAACAAUUAUUUUUUCCCCAUUAAUUCCCUCUGGAAAAAAAAUAAAAAUAAAAAAUAAAAUCCCACCGUGACAGACUAUAAAUAGCAUAAUAAAAUACAUGAAAUGUAUGAAAAAAAGGAUUAAUAGUUUAUUAAAGAAACUUCUUUGGCCAAAAUAUUUCUGAAGGACUAUACAACAGAGAAACAUCAUCAAA